UAUCCCCAAUCAAAAACACACAGAAAGCAACAAUGCAUUUAAAGAUACUAAUAGUAGUAGCAGCUAUGGCAGCUUUGGGAGCAGCAUAUGCACAAGACGAGUCACAUUGUGAAAGGUCAUGUGGUGAUGUGAGUAUUAUGUUCCCUUUUGGUUCGGGUGAGGGAUGCUACUACAAUUCGGAUUUCCUUGUUACUUGCAACCAAUCAUCAUCCGGUGAGCAAACACUUUUCCUUGGACUACCCAAAAAUGAUGUUGUUAUAACAAAUAUGUCAACGGACACAAGUGAGAUGGAGAUUAUGAUGUUUGUAGCGAGUGAUUGCUACAACAUCUCUGGUCCAACUUAUAGGAGGCGUGCAUCUUUGAAAUUGGCAGUUACAGACAGGGAUUUUCAGAUCUCAACCAAGAACAAGUUUAUUGCCAUUGGUUGUGACACGCAUGCAUAUUUUAAUGGAACAAGGGGGAAUGUGUCUGUUGGCACUGGUUGCAUUUCUAGAUGUGGUAGCAACAAGCUUGUUACAAAUGGAUCUUGUUCGGGUGUUGGGUGUUGUGAAGUAGCAGUGCCAGAAGGAAUGAACUCCUUUCGUAUGAGUCUAAGCAGCUAUAAUAACCAUACAAAUAUAACUGACUUCAACCCUUGUAGCUAUGGCUUUUUUGUACAAGAAGGGAAGUUCAGUUUUUCUACCACUAAUUUGCUUAAUUUUCAAAGCCGAAAGGUGCCUAUGCUACUUGAUUGGGGAAUCGGAAACUCGACUUGUGACAUAGCAAAAAAGGACGUGGAUAAAUUCUUAUGCAGGGAAAACAGCAUAUGUGAUAAAACUUAUAAAGGUCGUGGAUAUCGCUGUAACUGCAGUGAAGGCUAUGAAGGCAAUCCUUAUGUUCGCUGUAAUAAUGUUGAUGAGUGUCAAAAAGAAGAUCAUGGUUGCGUACAUAUAUGCAAUGAUGAACCAGGAAACUAUACAUGUAAAUGUCGAAAAGGUUAUUCUGGAGAUGGAAGGAAAAAUGGAACAGGCUGCACUGCAGAUCAAUCAAUGCUUAUAAAGAUUUCAGUAGGUUCCUCAUUUGCUGCCAUCGUUCUGAUUGUGUUUGUUAAUUGGUUGUAUUUCGGACUCAAGAAACGUAAACUUAUGAUCCUUAGAGAAAAAUUCUUCAAGCAAAAUGGUGGAAUCUUGUUGCAGCAAAGAAUUUCUGGGGAUGGUGGAUCUAAUGAUCAAGCAAAAGUCUUUACUGUAGAAGAGCUUAAGAGGGCAACCAACAACUAUCAUGAUAGCAAGAUUAUUGGUAAGGGUGGCUAUGGCACAGUUUAUAAAGGAGUACUAUCAGAUAGCAGAACAGUUGCCAUAAAGAAGUCCAAACUAGCAGAUCAAACCCAAACCCAGAUAGAGCAAUUUAUUAAUGAAGUGGUUAUCCUUUCUCAAAUCAAUCAUAGAAAUGUGGUGAAGCUGAUUGGAUGUUGCUUGGAAACAGAAGUCCCAUUGUUGGUUUAUGAAUUCAUUCCAAAUGGCACACUAUCUGAUCACAUCCACAACAAAGGCAAGUCGUCUGCUAUUACAUGGGACAUCAGACUUAGAAUAGCAACAGAAACAGCUGAAGCCCUUUCCUACUUGCACUCUGCUGCAUCAGUCCCAGUCAUCCAUCGAGAUGUCAAGCCAACGAAUAUACUCUUGGAUGAUAGUUUUGUAGCAAAAGUAGCUGAUUUUGGAGCUUCAAGGCUAGUUCCUAUGGAUCAGAUUGAGCUGGAGACAAUGGUGCAAGGAACACUAGGCUACUUAGAUCCUGAAUAUAUGCAGACGAAUCAGCUGACAGAUAAGAGUGAUGUUUACAGUUUUGGGGUAGUGUUGGUGGAACUUAUGACUGGAAAAAAAGCUCUUAGCUUUGAUAGGCCGGAGGAAGAGAGGAACCUCGCCAUGCAUUUUCUAUCUUCUUUGAAACAGGGACGACUCUUUCAGAUUCUUGAUGAACAGCUGCAGAAAAAUGAUGAUCAUAACGAGAUCAUCAAAGUCUCAACACUUGCAGCAAGAUGCUUACAUGUUCAAGGAGAUGAAAGGCCUACCAUGAAGGAAGUAGCUAUGGAGCUGGAAGGAAUAUUGGCAUCAUUGAUACAAAAGCAUCCGUGGGUGCAAAGUACUUUGAAUGAAGACGAAGCUGAGUAUUUGCUUAAAGGACCAACUGAUGACUACGAAUGCACAGAGGUGGCAACUGGAAGUUCAAGUACAUUUGAUAGCAUCAGCAAGCUUACAAUAUUACCUAUUGCUAGUGGCAGGUAACAGUAGAUAUCGAUACUUUGUAUCUUUAAGAUUGUAAUCUAAUUUUUUUUUAUUAAUCUGUAUAUGUAUAUUUUAUUAUUAUAUUUUUCUUUUGAAAGAGCACCCAAAGGGAAAUUGAACUACCAUAUGCAUGAGUGGAUCGAUUGUGUAUUCUCUAUUUCUAUACCAUUCAUAAACAUUUUGACGUAAGACCGGUAGGUCUAGGUCCAACAUGAAGGACCACAAAAUCAAUUGACUAUAUGUUAGGUUUAAUUUAAUCUGGACAGAUUAUUCAAGUUUUAGUUUAGUAUUUGUUUUAUUUAGUUAAUUAAAUAAAUGGUAGUGGGUCUUGAGUUGAAUGGAUGAUGUAUAGCAAGUCGUUUGUAGUUUGGCUGUUUGGGGCAUUUAGAAGGUUAGUUGAUCGAGCUAGAAAAAAGGGACAUGUGGGUGGUUAUCUUUUUAUUGGGUUUAGCUUCCUCCGUUAGGUUAUGUACGCUAUAAAAAGCCUUUUAUUUUCUGAAAAAUUAGCAGUCAGUUUUUUUAUUUUUUUAUUUUUUUUAUU